UCGGUCACGUGAUUGCGUUGCCCUUAGGGUUAGGGUUGCCCUGACAGCGGAAUAGCCUUCGCGGGUUCGCUCGGGCAAGGCGGCGGGGGGCUGGUCAGGGCAGCUGCAGCUCUCGCCUCUUUCCCGGGAAAGGCGAGUCGGGCCUCCGCGUCCGGACGCGCUUGGUCCCCGCCGGCCUCAUGGAGCGCUCCGGGGCCAUGACGGACAUGUAUGACCAGGCGUUGCUGGGGAUUUUGCAGCAUGUGGGCAACGUCCAGGAGUUCCUGAACAUCCUCUUUGGCUUCCUCUACCGUAAGACCGACUUCUACCGUCUGUUGAUGCAGCCCUCGGACCGGCUGGGCUUCCCGCCCGGCGUGGCCAAGAGCAUGGUAGUUCGGGCAUUCAAAACCUUUGAACAUCUGGCCCACCAAGAUGAUGAGAAAAGACAGCAAGAAAUUGAGGUGAAGUUGAAGAAAAAAGAAGCCGACAUGGUGGCUGCAGGAGAGAGACCAAAGGUGCCUCCUGCCGUUGCGGAGGUUGAAAUCGCCACAGCAGUAGAGCAGGACUCUGGAUUGGAAAGUGGAAAGACUGCAGAUGCAGAGGAGCCUGUAAAAGCAGAAGAAACCAUAGAAGCACAAAUUGUUGAUACAACAGCAGAACUGCCAGUAUCUGUCGCUGCCCCUGUAGAAAGUGAACAAACAGAAUUUCCCAGGAAACAAGAACAAUUCCAGGCCAAUCCUGACAGUUACAAUGGAGCGGUGCGAGAGAACUACACGUGGUCUCAGGACUAUAGCGACCUGGAAAUUAAAGUUCCAGUGCCCAAGCAUAUUCUGAAAGGUAGACAGGUUUCGGUGGACAUCAGCAGUAGUUCAAUCCAUGUAUCAGUGGUGGAGAGAAGUGGACACCAGGUGCUCAUGGAGGGUGCCCUUACCCACAGGAUCAACACAGAGAACUCUGUCUGGAGUUUAGAACCUGGGAAAUGUAUUCUAAUUAACCUCAGCAAAGUAGGUGAAUACUGGUGGAGUGCCGUUUUGGAAGGCGAAGAACAGAUCGACAUUGAUAAAAUCAAUAAGGAGCGUUCUAUGGCCACAGUGGACGAAGAAGAACAUGCAGUGCUGGACAGACUGUCUUUUGAUUAUCAUCAGAAACUUCAAGGCAAACCCCAGAGCCAUGAAAUGAAAGUCCACGAGAUGCUGAAGAAGGGCUGGGAUGCCGAAGGCUCUCCAUUCCGAGGACAGAAGUUCGACCCUUCCAUGUUCAACAUCUCUCCGGGGAAUAUGCAUUUUUAAUGGUAUCAGCAAGUGAGGAGGAGGAGGAGGAGGAGAACAUCGUGGCCUUCAUCUUUGGCACGAACCUGAUGCUACUGCCAGACUCUCUUGCAUUCGGUGCUAGAAGGAUCUCUUGUUGUCCCUGCUUGUUCUUGGAGGCUUGUUUGUAAAAUGACAAGAUUGUUAAAAAUGAUUGGUAUGUGUGGGCUUGCUUUUGGGGAGGGGGCAGAGAGGGAAUUGAAGUGGGAAUGUGGGUGUAAGUCCUUCCCUCCAGCGCCAGGUUGGUGCUUUUGAUAUUUAUGUGGGGGAAGCCUAGCAAAAGCAGCAUUACGUACUGUGUCACCACGGCAACCAGCAACUGCUGGUAGCAUUUCCUUGUCUCCUUAAUGGAUUCAUUUGUUGCUUGGGGGAGGGAGGAGAAGAGGAGAGCUUGGUUGAAGGUAUUCCUCCUCCCCUUUUCAGAAAUAGAUGCAGCUGGGUGAAAUGGUGACAACUUCUUGCUCGCUUCCUUGAAACCGCCUCCUCUGUGUGUGUGUCUGUCUCCCUGCUCUCCAGCUUUGGGUUCCCCAAAAGCUCCUCAGUGUGCUGGGCAGCAACAACCCCCGGACAAUCUGCAAUCAGUGUCAUUUGAGCAUGAUAUAAAUUGUGGGUUUGGUCCUCAAGACCCAAGGAGUGGGAGGGGAACCUUGGAGGAUCACGCAAGUCCGUGGAAAGGAGCCAAUCCAGAAGGUGACACUUGCACCAGCAUUUCUAUGAUAGCCUACAAAGCCUGGCCAACAAAUAACCAGUAGAAAAGAGGGGCACACUUACAGGUUCUUCAUGCUGUGGUUUUCCUUGUGUUUGUGAUUUAGAUAUCACAGAAUCUCAGAAAACUGCAGUACUCUCCCCCCACCCUCUUCCUCCCUCUCCCCCGUUUCUCUCCCUCCCUUUUCUUCUCCCCCUCCCUGCCCCUCUCUCCAAAUGCUCUAGCCAGGAAGCUUUCUGAGCUCAUGGCCCCAUUGUCCUCAUUUCCCCACCUAUGAUUAUAUGAAGUGCAUAAUUGUAUUUUAUGCAUUUCUGGGAUUUUUAUCAACAGGAGAUGGGGGGUAAUCAGGACCAUCUGGCAGAGAUUUUAAGAGCCCCUUUUGUAUAGAGCGGUCCCAACAAAAUUAGCCUCCCUCCCCCCAGCUGCUAUUUGCCCCAGAAAGAAAACUGCUAUUAAGGCCAAUGGUAAUUUUCCUCCUAGGGCAGAGCAGUUUCCAUAUGUAUGUGUGUAUGCAUGUGGCCAUUGUGAUUAUCUUCUUUCUAACUCUUUUUUUAAAAAUAAUAAUAAUAUCAAACAAGGAAAAGUCACCCUCCUGUAGCUGGACAGGCUAGAUCUUUUUAGGGACCUUUUAACUAGUUCCACACUUGUGCUAUUACACAAGAACCCUCUACGUAAUGAGAAAUAGCUAUACACAAAAAAGGAAAUAAAAAGAUGCUACAUUUCCUUUUGUCCAUUUAUAAAAAAAAGUCCCAACCCCGUCAAAAUAUUAAAACACAUUUUAAGUGAGUUGAAUCUGUAAACGGGCUUCUCAGAAACUAAAAUAGCUGUCUCCUCUAUCCUGAAGGAGGGUUCCACAGACAGAACACAUACUGUUUGGGGGCUCAAUUUCCCCGAGGGAAUUAUAAUUCUGACAACAAAGUCCAUAUAACAACCGCAGAGUCUAAUUUCACAGAAAACGUGUCCAUCCAGAAGGGGUUUCACCCCAUGACAGCUGGGCACAGAACUGACAAAAAUAUUGGCUUUUUCAGAGGUGAUUUUUUCAUCUUCUAGCAAGCUGGAAGACAAUUGAAGAAAAAAAAUAAAAGUAAAAUGAGGAUGUCACCUAAGGAACCAGAAAGCAACAUAUAAUGUCAAAGAAUAUGAAUAUUAGGUUGACUGGAAACAUGUUGGUUGUUACCUGUAUCAUUUUAGACUAUGAUUGAAUGAAAUACUGAAACUGCACAAAACAUCCCAUUAAAACACCAGACUGGCUUAGAGA